AGCGAAACUUUUGCAAUCUAAGUCUGAUUUGAGAUAAAUCGUGAAAUGUAUAUUAUGUAGAAAGAGUACAUAUUUACAUUUGGAACAACUUAGUGUAUGUAUUUAUUUUUAAACAACGGCAUUAGCAGUUGACACCUAGCUAACCAGCUUGCUAAGAAGUGUUGUUAGCUUGUUAGCUGCUAAGAACGUUAGCUAUCUUUUGUUUGUUGUUUUUAACUAGUUAACGUUACGUGCUAUGUGUCUACAUAGCAGCUUGGGAAAAUAGCAUUCGUUUUUGUUUACUUUUACUUCAUUGUUUUUUUUUAAAUGACAUGGCACUGAAAAUGAUUGAGGCGAAACGGUUUUACAGGCCUCGUCUGGGAUUUAGCUAGCUAACAAGCUAACGUUAGCCUAGCGACCUAUGAUAGAUGCAGACCAUAAAGUGUGUGGUAGUGGGUGACGGUGCAGUGGGAAAGACCUGCCUGUUGAUCUCCUACACCACCAACAAGUUCCCCUCGGAAUACGUCCCCACGGUGUUUGAUAACUAUGCAGUGACAGUGAUGAUCGGAGGGGAGCCCUACACUCUGGGGCUGUUCGAUACAGCAGGUCAGGAGGACUAUGACAGACUGCGACCACUCAGCUACCCUCAGACAGAUGUCUUCCUGGUGUGCUUCUCUGUCGUAUCACCUUCCUCUUUUGAGAACGUCCGUGAGAAGUGGGUCCCAGAGAUCUCCCACCACUGUCCGCGUACACCCUUCCUGCUGGUGGGCACCCAGAUGGACCUGAGGGACGACAGCAACACAGUGGAGAAGCUGGCUAAGAACAAGCAGCGGCCCCUGGCCCCUGAGAGCGGAGACAAGCUGUGCCGGGACCUCCGGGCCGUCAAAUACGUUGAGUGCUCCGCCCUCACCCAGCGAGGUCUGAAGAACGUGUUUGAUGAGGCCAUCUUGGCCGCGCUGGAGCCGCCAGAGACCAAGCCCAAGAAACGCUGCGCACUCUUAUAAAAUAUUUUAAAUUGGGCCAAAGAGCCAGGAGAAAGAGACAGGCGGACACGGAGAACAGAUAAAGCUGGGAAGGGUGUAAUGGGAGGGAGAAAGAGAGGACGAGUGAGACAUUUGUUUAAUAGUGCCUUCAGCGAUACAGGUGGGGAGGGGCGACGUUGCGUGGAUAGGUAACAGAGACCUAGAAAUACAUCCUAAUAUGUAAUAGAAUGUAUAUCUAUGUUUCUUGUAACAAGCUGAUCAAUUCUCUUCCAGACCAGAAAAGUCCUUCUUAAAAGGAGACCGACAGAGCAAUAUAGGGAAGAGACAAGGUUUUGAAACCUCUAUUGCCUUAAAGUUACAGUACAAACAAAAUAAGUUAGACAAAAGGAGGAAGAGACCGUGUGGAGUUUAUUUUGUGUUUGAUGAUACUUAAAAACUGACUGGAAAAAUGUGCUUAAUCUGUGCAAUCUAGACGCACACAGGCGCCAGUGCUUUACUCCCUUCAACCCACAACUGAACUCUUCUUCUUCACACACUAUCUGACAUCACUGCUCCCAUGGAAACUACAAGCGCUUUUUCUUCCUCUUGGGAUUUCACUGCCCCCUAACAUGAACUGAAUUUCCACUUGCUUCCUUUUUUUGACAUUUUAUUGUUUUAGAGAUGAUGGUAUAUUAAUGACGAUAAUAAGAGUAUUAUUUUUUUGCCCCUUUAUUUCCGGGGACACCCCUAGUGGUUAGCGGUUUGGACAAUUGUUUUUUAAAAAUGUGUUUUAAAAAAAAAAAAUUAUGGUUGUGUGCCAAUGUGUUGAGUGUCACUGGUUUCAUUUGACAUAACAAUCAUAAUAUGCCUCUAAUGACUACGUAGCUGGUUGUGAUGUCAGUAGUAAUAACAGCAAAUAGCAAUAAUGGUUAUGAGUGACAGUAAUAGCUGUAUUGACGCAUCAUCCAGUUGUUUGAAAUAAAUAAAAAAUAACUUGAAAAUGGU